AUGACUUGUUUUCUGCAACAAAUAACAAACUGCCUGCACAAUAUUAACCACAACGGUAUCAGUAACAAGCAAGCAAUUCUUCAACAGAGAGCUUUAGGUAGAGAACUUGGUUUAGUGGUUGAUCUGACAAAUACUACUCGUUACUAUCCAUUAUCAGAUUGGACAAAGGAAGGGAUUGGCCAUGUCAAGAUAAGAUGCAAGGGAAGAGAUUCUGUACCUGAUGAUGAAUCUGUACAAAAGCUUUUUGAUUUCAAGAUAAUAACCAUUGAAUUUGAUGGCAAACGCAUUAAGUUGCAAACCUGGGAUACAGCUGGCCAGGAGAGAUUCAGAACUAUUACUACAGCUUAUUACCGUGGAGCCAUGGGUAUCUUGCUGGUUUAUGAUGUUACUGAUAAAGCAUCUUUCAAUAAUAUUAGGAAUUGGGUUCGCAAUAUUGAACAACAUGCUUCUGACAAUGUAAACAAGAUACUUGUGGGAAACAAGGCUAAUAUGGAUGAAAGUAAAAGGGCUGUACCUACCUCCAAAGGUCAAGUUCUUGCUGAUGAGUAUGGUAUCAAGUUCUUUGAAACCAGUGCAAAAACAAACAUGAACGUGGCGGAGGUUUUCUUUUCAAUAGCAAGAGACAUCAAGCAAAGGCUUGCAGACACAGAUUCAGGACCCGAACCACCGGCAACCUUUCCAAAUGCAACAAUAGGAUUGCAAUGCGCCCCUUAA